AUGUCCUUGGUCGAGGGUGCUAAAAUCUCCAAGGGUAACGUGAGUACUCAGGCGGAAGCCACAGGUCUGAGUGCCACUGGAGCUACUGUGACUGCGACGAAUCAGACGAAUACCCCGGGUCUGGUAGUCGGUGAUGCUACUGGGGUAAAUAAAACGAAUAGUUUUUUGACUAGACAGGAAAGAGUGACUUUGGACGACAGCGACGACAACCUCUCAGGUCUGAAAGGGUUAAACCUUUAUGAGACUGAUGAGGAGGACUUACUCAUGGUGUCCUCCGAGCCGCUAAAAGCGAAUGAAGACGUACAUCCGGAGGCCCAUGACCCUGCAAAGGGAGACACAGAACAGAAAAACAGGAAACAGGACUCAGAACAGGACGAACGGAAAAGGUUGGCGGGCUACAAACGCUCUCUCCGAAGUAUGAUGGCCUUACCUACUACUGUUGUGGAGGUAAGGCCAGCCAAGACUACGACCGAACCAAACCAGAGCAGGCAGGUGAUCACAUCUAAACAUGUGCCCCAUGCCAGCACUGGACCGAACACGAUCACCGUCUCGGAGGAUCUUGACGUACGCCCAUCUACAUCAAAGAGGGCCACGUCGGGGCCAAAGAGAGGUGAUGACCAAUGCGGCACGACGAAGUCUGCUAGCACAACACCCAAGGUGCUGUCCGCAAUCUCCUCUACUCGAGGAACCGCGACGGCUUCCAAAGGUACAGCAAGCAGGCCUAGUAUUAAGCGGCAAAGGUCAGGUGAAACGCAGGUGUCUGAGGGUAAGCGGCUGAAACCAUCAACUAGCUUAACAUCAGCACCUGAGCUACAAGUAGCCAUCAUAGAUCGUAGUCAACCUGAUGGGAAAAUGACUACGGACAGAUGGCUGCUUCUGGAGGAGAAGAUCUUGCGGGCACUAGUGGACGAACUCGCAUGCAGUGAGGAUGAUUCCUUCACUGCAUUCGAUGGCGCCAAAUGGUUAAAGGGUGUCAAGAUCAUCGGGUGCGGUAACGAGAAGGCUCUAGGCUUUCUCAGUAACUGUAUCCGAGGAGUUGGCGAACUCUGGCCCAACGCAAGAAUCGAAAUCGUCCCACUGGAUCAAGUACCUUUUCGUACGACGGUGAGAGUGUGGGUCCCUCCUCCCCUUUUGGAGGACGAAGCCACGCUAACACUUAUAAAGCGUCAGAACAAGGAACUUGGUACAGAGGACUGGACGAUUGAACGAGGACGCUCUAGGGACAAAGGAGAAGGCAAGGAUCUCUGGAUCAAAAUUGGUUCAGAAUCCCUCCGACUCCUGCGUUCUUCACAAGGCGUCAUCAAGUACGGGCUAAACCAACUCCGGUUGAUCUUGCCCGCGGUGAAGCGCAAUGAUGAACCCAAGCGGCCUGAGAGUGGUACAGAUUAAUCUGCACCACUCCGAAGCAGCAUCGGACGAUUUGCUGCGCUUCAUGGAGAAGGAAGCUAUCCACGUGGCCUUAAUCCAAGAACCCUGGCUUGUAGCCAGUAAAGUUCGAGGCGUCCGGUCACGAAACUAUGUGCUCCUUUCUCCGAACCCUGAAGUUCUGGUGAUUUAACGGUAGUUGCACUAGAGCGACAAGGGUUACCAACCCUAAUCAUAUCAUCUGCGUACCUACCAUACGACGAAGCUAAUCCGCCCUCACGUGCCGUACGCACACUUGUAGACUGGUGUAACACAAGGGGCCAUGAUCUCAUCAUAGGAUGUGAUGCUAAUGCCCAUCAUACUCUGUGGGGGAGCUCGGAUAUAAAUGACAGGGGUGAGUGUUUACUUCAAUACCUUCUAUCUACUAACCUAAGUGUUUGCAAUAGGGGUAAUAUA